AUGAUUGCACUCCUUGAUGCAUAUUUGUUUGCUUAUCAGCAGCACCAACCACCGCAGACCAAAACUUUCAGGAAUUUAUAUGCAGUCGAUGAUCAGAUUUCGCCGGCAGUCGCUUAUUACAGCUCCACAAACCUACAAGAUCAGUCUCAACAUCCACCAUAUAUUCCUCCCUUUCAUGUGAUCGGGUUUGCACCUGGGCCUGCCCCAGUGACAGAUGGUAGGGACGGGCCUGAUUUGCAGUGGAAUUACGGAGUAGAAUCCAAGAGAAAGAGACUAAAGGAGCAAGAUUUUUUUGAGAUUAAUUCACAGAUAUCAUCAGUUGAUUUUCUGCAAGCACGGUCUGUGUCAACUGGGUUGGGUUUGUCACUUGAUAAUAACCGCAUGGCCUCUUCCAAUGACUCAGCUCUGUUAUCACUCCUUGGUGAUGACAUUGACUGCGAGUUACAGAGACAAGAUGCAGAAAUUGAUAGAUUCCUCAAAGUUCAGGGUGAAAGAUUACGACAAGCUGUCCUGGAUAAGGUUCAGGCUGACCAACUUCAGACUGUCUCAUUCGUGGAAGAGAAAGUCAUCCAAAAACUGCGGGAAAAAGAAGCAGAGAUGGAGAUUAUUAACAAAAAGAACAUGGAACUUGAGGAACGAAUGGAACAAUUGACUAUGGAAGCAGGUGCUUGGCAGCAGCAGGCUAGAUAUAACGAAAACAUGAUUGCUGCCCUCAAGUUCAAUCUUCAGCAAGUUUAUGCUCAAAGUAGAGAUAGUAAAGAAGGAUGUGGUGACAGUGAAGUAGAUGAUACAGCUUCAUGCUGCAACGGUCGUGCGAUUGAUUUUCACCUGCUCUGCAAGGAUAACAGUGACAUGAAAGAGUUGAUGACUUGCAAGGUUUGCGGGGUAAAUGAUAUUUGCAUGCUUUUGUUACCUUGUAAGCAUCUUUGUGUGUGUAAAGACUGUGAAAGUAAGCUUAGUUUCUGUCCAUUGUGUCAGUCAUCUAAGUUUGUUGGAAUGGAGGUUUACAUGUAAUAGAUAUAUGUUAAUGCUCUAAUAUUAUAGGUCUGAUAUGCAUUGUUCUUGUCACUUGGAUGCUUGUGUAUGGGCUCUUUUAAAAGUAUUUUUUCUAUCAUUUUAUUUCUCUUGAAAGGCCCUUCUCUAUGAUGUGGGACAAUCAGGCUUAUAUGAUAAGGUGUAUAAUAUGUAGGUCUAGAAAUGGCUUCUUAGAUUAUUAUUAGGAGAGGCUUACUCUAUUUUAUUAGUUCUAUUAAUUUCUUUUUUAGUUGCAAAUUCUAUUUUCCUCAUUGUUUUCCUAUUUUAGUAUCCUAGACAUAAUAGGCAUCUAGAUAUCCGAUAUAUACAUAGGUGAUACUCUAUUCGUUACAUAUAUUGUUAUGAUUAUAAUUGUCUAAAUAUUUUCCCGUUAAUUGAGUGUUUUAACAACUUUGUUAAUUUUUAGUUUUUGAUUAUAGUUGUCCUUCGAUUUCUAUGGUUUUGGAUUGCUAAUACUGAACUCUGUAACGUGCACACUCUUGAAAUUCUCCGUACUUGAAUCCUAACUCUGUUUGCGUGAAGUUAAUACCUGUCAUUAUGAAUUGAUUGUUUCUUUUUCUCUUUUUUUGUUUAGAAAAAAAGUCUCUGAGUCACAUUCCACUGUGCUAUGGCACUUUAUUACAGCAUGUUUCAGAUUACUUUUAGGUGUUGUGGCAUCUAGAAUGCCUUGGUAUGUUGUUUAAAACAGGAUAUUGGCAGAUCCUUGUUAAUUAGGUUCUGCAGCCAUCUGCUGGAAACUGAUGGAUUUUUGCUAGAAGUGAAGAAAAGAAGGUGGUAAUACAGAGAGAAUUUCUUUCUAACUCCUGCUUUGCACUAGUACUGGGGUGGUUCAUCUGUUAACCAAAAUUGCAGUUCAGGUUUCCCUCUGUGAUGUGGAGAACGUUUUGGUAGUGUGAUUGAAUUAUGUUUAUAGAAAGCAGCUGAGAACAGAAGAUUAUCGUCUACCUAGACACACAAAAGAGUAUACUUAUAAAUAUUUAUAUAUCUAUGUAUAUUGUUAUCAUGAGUGGUUAAACUGACACACAUACACACAUAUCAUAUAUGGACAAUGGCUCUCGUAGUUACUGACUGAUGCAGUUUGCUAUGCACUGUCCGUCUCUGCAUAUUGUUCGCUUUGUAUUUUUAUGAAAUUUUUUUGCCAUAAAAAUGAAAAAGUUCUGCCCAAUUUAUAAUAUUCUGUUGGGUAGUUCAUUUGGUCUAUUCACGUGAUUAAUUCUCUAGAUAGCCACUUUAUCCUGACACUAGGCUUUUUAAACAAUACCUUCCGUAGCCUCCAAAAUAAUUGCUUUCUCACUGAAUGUAUUGAAUCUUCAACUUGUAAACGGUUCUCUGAAGCUUCUUUCACUCAUGUUUAAUGAGGAGAUCCAUCCUCGUCAUUUCUACCAUCACUGCUCUUGCUCUGUCCUUGGACGAUGUGAUAUCAGUGUAACAAACAGACUCUCUUCUCAUGAAUAUCUUCUUUCACUGGUUGGGGAUGUGGGAUGGUAAUGAAGCAUCACUUCUUCAACAAAGUGGAGGGAACGUUGAAGCUGCCGAUUCCAUUUCUCAAGAGCUACUACUUUUUUUCCCAUUUUUCAGCUUGUUCCUCUCUGUACCAGAUCCACAACGAUGGAGGCAAAAAAUGAAGGUCAAUUUCAAACAAUUGCUUUACUGAUCUAGAUUCUUUUGUUUUUGAAGGAGAAAGUCAGGCCAGCCCUCCAUCGAAGCUACCAGGUAAGCUUCCAUUAUAAUUCCCCACCUUAACUGGAACUAUAGAGCUCUUAGUUACAGAGCAUUUGAGACUUGAUGAUUGUAAUCUUUUUUCUCCAUACUCCACCAUUCAAACUGUA